GAUCUGUUGGGUGGUUGUUUUGAAUGAAACGCUCUGCUGGUUUUCAGAACAGCAGCAGCAGUUUCCUCAGUCAGUUGAUGAUGGAGUCCCUGUUGGUCUGUCUGAUCCUUGUCUCUCUCAGCGGUUUCCGGUGGGAGCACCAAGCUGCCGCCCUAACAGACUCCACCAUCCAGGUGAGAGUCGGAGAGGAUGCCACCCUGCGGUGCCCCCUGCUGGACAAGUCCAAUGCCUCCACCAUUGCUGUCAACUCUACCAUCACUGUCCUGCCUGUCUUCUUCAAUCUGAGCUGGUACAAGAAGGCUGCAGGACAGGGUCCCCAGCUGCUCCUCAGUGUGAGGUCUACAGACAGCUCUGAUGUGAAAUACGGCUCCGGUGUUGGUCCUGAUAAAGUCUCAGCUGCAGCGGACGGAUCUCUGCUGCUGCGACGCUCUGAGCUGAGCGACUCUGCGGUUUAUUACUGCGGGAUCAGUCAGGGAGAGGAGCCGCAGAACAAACCACCGCCACAGACACAGACAUCUGGACUUUGAGCUGGUUACUGAUCAGUUAGACCCAACUGAGCUGAUUUUACUUUGACUUUUUCCAGAAUUUCAUUUUUUUCAAGUUUAGUGCCUCAGCUUUAGAACGUUUCUGUUGAGACAAGGUUUUAAUUUUUCCAAUUUUAUUGUAGAAUUGAUUUCAGAUUGUAGGAAGUUUAUCUGACCACAAAACCAGUCCACUGAAUGCCACCUGAAGUGAGCAGAAAUAGAUGAACACCUGUAUGAUGGCAAACAAUGCAAUAAAUGGAUCUUAUUAGA